CCCUCCCCUUCCACUCUACUCCUUCUCCUCCUCCCAUCCACCAAACCUCCGCGAAAGGGUGUGCAUUUUGAAGGUUGUAUGAAGCUAAACACCACAACACACAGAAGCAGUCCUCACUUGGCUUUGACAACCCGGGACAAGCCCUUUUUGAAGCCGGGGCGGAGCAGCACACCUCUGGGUCUUUCCUCAUCCUCUCCCUCUGAGCGGAGAGACCCCUAACCAAGGUCUUGUCCUCCUGGGUACACGGUGGAUAUGCGGCACACACGGACAAUCACACUUGAAAGUUGACUUUAGAGAUAUAGUAAACGGGCAAAAAUGCAAAGUGGCAGCUCUGUGGCUUCUUCUCAAGGUCAGUAUCUGAACACAGCCACUGCCGCCGCCUCACGGACGAGUGUCUCGGGCAGUGAGGAGGAAGACGAGGCGUGGACGUUGAGGGGAUGCCGCUGCUGUGUCUCGCUUGCCUCCAGCAUCAACAGUGACAUCUUCAACGGACGGAGACACUGGUAGUCCCCGAACAGAAACUUGUGAAACACCACAACUAACACAAGUACUGAAGUUUCACGUGUACAGCUGUGUUGUUGAGUAGAGAAAGUCACUCCAGUGUUUUGACAUUUCCUGCUUUCCUCCGGCCGUUGGGACCGUUUACCUGUGCGUCAAAAAAGGACCCUGAAGACGUCAACUGACAUUAUGGAUGCUUGGUUCUGUGUCGAACCACUAAAGUCAGUAAUAAUGACCCAAAGUUUUAACUAACUUUGAGCUAUACAACUUCCUUGAACUCGCUUUGCUGACUUUUUUCAACUCAUUUCUUUCAAACAACAUCAGAACACAUUUGUUUUAACUCAGCAACAUGCUUUCGAGGACAGGUUCGCACAGGAGUCUCCCGGAGAGGGGACUUCUUCUGCUGAUGGUGUUGGUGUUUCUGGAGGGCUCUGUGCUUCCUCUCGGAGCUGCCAGUUCUCCGGAUAUCAGCCACCAGGAGAAAGUAGACAAUCAUAAAGCUGCCAACCAAGGACACAUUAACCACACUAAAAAGGCUUUCCCCGUACUGGACCUCGACUACGCCCACAUAAAGGUCCCAUUCGAAGUCGCAUUAUGGGUGCUUCUCGCCUCUUUAAUGAAAUUAGGGUUCCAUCUGAUUCCUCGCCUGUCCAGCAUCGUGCCAGAGAGCUGCCUCUUAAUCACGGUGGGUCUGCUGGUUGGAGGGCUCAUCAAACUAGCUGGAGAAAAUGUCCCCCCAGUGCUGGACUCCCAGUUAUUCUUCCUCUGCCUGCUUCCUCCCAUCAUCCUGGAUGCUGGGUACUUCCUGCCUAUCCGUCCCUUCAUGGAGAACCUGGGCACCAUCCUGAUGUUCGCUGUGGUGGGGACCCUGUGGAACGCCUUCUUCAUUGGGGGGCUGCUGUAUGCCGUGUGUCAGAUCCAACCGAACAAUCCUAGCCGACUCCACUCAUUAGAGCUGCUGCCUUGUCUGCUGUUUGGCUCCAUCAUCUCAGCUGUAGAUCCUGUCGCUGUGCUGGCUGUGUUUGAGGAGAUCCACAUCAAUGAGCUGUUGCACAUUCUUGUGUUUGGUGAAUCGCUGCUCAACGAUGCAGUGACUGUGGUGUUGUACCACCUGUUCGAGGAGUACUCUGGUAGCGGCGAGGUGACUGUAUUGGACUGCUUCCUGGGAGUCAUCUCCUUCCUGGUGGUCGCGUUGGGUGGCGUUCUAGUCGGAGCUAUAUAUGGGAUCCUGUCCGCCUUCACGUCUCGCUUCACCUCCCACACGCGUGUCAUCGAGCCGCUUUUCGUCUUCGUGUACAGCUACAUGGCCUACCUGUCUGCUGAGCUGUUCCACCUGUCAGGCAUCAUGGCGUUAAUAUCAUGUGGAGCAGUGAUGAGACCAUAUGUGGAGGCCAACAUAUCCCACAAGUCCCAUACGACCAUCAAGUACUUCCUGAAAAUGUGGAGCAGCGUCAGCGAGACACUGAUCUUCAUCUUUCUGGGCGUGGCGACGGUGGAUGGCCCACAUGACUGGGACUGGUUGUUCGUCACCGUCACUGUCAUCCUGUGUCUGGUGGCUCGGAUCAUAGGUGUCUACGGUCUGACCUAUGUGAUCAACAAGUUCAGGAUUGUCAAGCUGACAAACAAGGACCAGUUCAUCAUCGCCUAUGGUGGCCUGCGAGGGGCAAUCGCCUUCUCCCUCGGCUUCCUGCUGAAAGAGGAACACUUCCCCUUGAGAAACAUGUUCCUCACUGCCAUCAUCACUGUCGUCUUCUUCACCGUCUUCGUUCAGGGUAUGACCAUCAAACCGCUCGUGGAGCUGCUGGCAGUGAAGAAGAAACAGGAGGCUAAACGCACGAUCAAUGAGGAAAUACACAUCCAGUUCCUCGACCACCUACUGACGGGGAUAGAGGACAUCUGUGGACACUAUGGACACCACCACUGGAAAGACAAACUGAACCGCUUCAACAAGAAGUAUGUGAAGAAGUGCCUGAUAGCAGGCGAGCGCUCCAAGGAACCGCAGCUCAUCGCCUUCUACCACAAGAUGGAGAUGAAACAGGCCAUUGAGAUGGUGGAGAGCGGAGGGGGUGUCAAGCUGCCUUCCAAUGUGCCUUCCACUGUGUCCAUGCAGAACAUCCAGCCCAAGAAGGCUCCUGCCGCCAAGCCUGCAGAGAGAGCUCUGCCUCAGCUGCCUAAAGGCCGCGAGGAGGAGAUCCGGAAGAUCCUGAGGAGUAACCUUCAGAAGACACGGCUGAGGCUGCGCUCCUACAACAGACACACCCUGGUGGCUGAUCCAUUCGAGGAUGGUUUCGGUGACCUCCUAAUCAAGAAGCAGAAGAUUGAGCUGGAGAAGAAGAUUAAGGACAUGAGUAACUACCUGACGGUGCCCGCUGCUCCUCCAGACUCCCCGACCAUGUGCAGAGCCAGACUGGCCUCAGACCCUCAGGCCUACAGCGUGAAGCCAGAGUCGGACAGCGUGCCGGCCAUCCAAGUAGACCUGGCCUCCCCUCAGUCUCCAGACGCAGUCAACCUGUUGGAUGAGUUCAGACGGGCCGGCCACAGGCAGCAGGACGAGGACCAGGGCCUGAUGAUGAGGCCUCCCACAGGACCCAGCGGGCUUAGAAAGCCCAACGGUGCGGACGCAGACAAAGACGGGCAGAAGCUAACGAGGUGCCUGAGCGAUCCGGGGCCCAGCGCAGACGAGGACGAGGAUGAACCCUUCCUGCCUUGAUUCACAGGAACAAAGGAGAUGGAGGGGUCAGACUGACUGUAUGCCCGUCUUCACCGGUUAGAGGAGCUGCUUCACCGCUCUGCUCUAAAUAAUCUCUGUGGUUCAGAAACCAAACAAGCCAAAACUGCUGAUGCUGUACAAACCAGAAAGAGAAGGGAGAGUAAGAAGAGAGAAAAGAGCCAUUAGUUUGUUAUCUUCAUUGCUCUUUAUUUUUUCAGACAGGAAUGAAACAGCUGCAGCUGCUAAGAAGGUUUGAUAGUCUGAGACUUUCAGGAGAGAACUAUGCAUUACCAAAGGUUUGGACUGUUCUAGUGUCAGAAAAUGUCAUUUUUACUUCUGUUUUUAGAUCGUUUCUAAAUGUUUCAUUCAUAAUGAUUUGAUGUUUGUUAAUGAUUUUACUUUCUCUUGUCUUCAAAGCCUCUCACUCUGAGAAACGCCGGACCUAUUGUCCUACAUGAAAUCCACAAAUCAAACUACUUCAAUCCACUUUUGAAACAUAGCUUUUACUUUGAAGGCGUUCCUCAGAAAUCUCACUGAAACUCUUUUUUUUAUUCUGCCACUUGAAACUGCUGGAUGUUCAAACUUUUAGAGUGUAGCUGUUUUAAAAUAUUUGGCCUUAUUUAAUGUCGAACCUUUUCACGUGGUGCAUUUCUAAUCGUUUAUGAAAACGUGAUUUAAUUUCAGGGUACAAAUGAAUAUCUUUUUUCCAGUGUUGAUGGGAUGACGGUGAAAACCUGGGUGUUUUUAAAUCUGUGUGUAAAAGAACUACAGUGAUAACAGACCUGCAGCAGUGCUCUGGGGCUGUGCAGGGAGGGGGCUGACAUGGACGACACUUGUUCGUGAAUCUUGGGAGACAGAAAGGGAUGCAGCACAGAUGUUUUGAUGUCAGUGAUGAUGCUUGAUCCCCUAUAGGUUCACGUUAAUAUGUUAAAUGUUUUACCUCAACUGUAGAUCUCCCUUUAAAAACUCACUCUAGUAGGGAUGGAGAUGUUAUCAUAGCUGUACUGAUGAAGUGCCCAUCUGACAGUCACCUUCACACAGCUUUAUUUUAUUGUGAAAUGAAAACGCACUGUCUCUACAUGCCUGAUUUCAUCUUCCUGUUUCCUUUAUGGCUUUUAUAAGAAGUGUUAGUGUUCUACUUCACUGUCCAGCAUAUAAGGGACACACAGAGUGAAGGUUGGCGUGUACACUGGGCAUGUCAUGGCGAAAAAAAAAAAAAUUCUAUGCAGAACAGAUAUGUAAAAUAUGUAAAAUAAUGAUAAUAUCCUAUAUUUAUGAAUACCCUUUAAAACCGAAAAACUUGUAAUCUUAACGUGCGACACAUUGAGGCAGAACACCGCAGAAGUCAAGCUAAAAUCCAACACGGGCAUUAAAACACUCACAACACACAUGUUUCUUUUUGCACAUAGAGUGAGACUGAAACCAUCAACAGGCAUGAAAACAUAGUGUAGGGUUUCAUCAUUCACUGUACUGUAUAAUCUUGUACAGUGUCUAUGAUAUACUGUAAAAUACAUCACAUCCUCACACAGACAGCUGCUCCUUGAAUUUGAAAACAACAAAUAUCAAAGUUAUCAUUGAGAUGAUUUGCUGAUUUGUAUCCAUUCAAACAUUUUAAUGGACAAUAAUAAUAAGUGUUUUGUUUUCAGGAAAGCAAAGCGCCACAGCCUAUAAUCAGAUCAUGAACUCACAAGUAUUCUUACACCCAAGAUAUUAUCACUUUCCUAUAUUUCCUCUCUCUGCAGGCCAAAGAGCUUCCUAUAGAAAGCACGUUCAACCACUAACGCACAGCCCAUCUCUGAAGUAGGCUAAUUGACUCACUGUUCUAGUUUUCUCGCCAUAAGUGACCACUGAAUCCCUCCUCAUCCUCUUACAUCUCACAUUACAGCUGGGAUAAACAAGCAAAGUAACCCCCACAACGACUCCUCCUUUAAGCCGCAGUAAUUGCGGCUCCGCUAUGAGUGCUGUAGAAAGGGUAAGAGGAUAUUUUCUAUGUGCACACACGCACUCAUGCAAACUUGCACCGUUGUCCGAUGCGUUUAGUCCCUCUCUUUACCCCUGAUACUGCUCCCCCAAUUUCAAAAAGUAUAAUUGCAGCUGAGAGAGCUUGGAGGGUCAAACCUUAAAGCAUCUCAUUUCCCUGCCUGCUCCAGAUUGAAUCUCUACUUUCGGAAAUGUCAGCGUGUGUGUGACACGGUUGUGCUGAAAAUGUCAACAAGGACAGGUUCAAAGAGGGAGUGCUUCUUUAAAACCAAAUGGCACGCAGUACUUUCCCAAAUCCUCUAAAAAAAAAAAAAUCAUCCUUUCAUUGUUACAGGAUGUUUACAUGCUGCAUUGAUUCUCUGAUGCUUGAGAGUGGACUGUAAAUGAAACCCACAGAAGCCCAGAGAGAUUUCUCUCCAUCCGUGAAUGCACAGUAUUUCAUAUAUUCUUCCCAGAUGCUCACUCAUUUAGCUUCCAUUAAACUGUAGCUUGCAUUGUUGUCCUUAAUUGCUCUGCACAGACUGAUAAGUGCAUUGCACUAAAGUUGCAGCAGCAUAUCUUUAACAUGCGCCCACUUCUGUACACAUUACUGUGUUUGCAUAGAGUAUUCCUCAUGCUCGGCGCAGAAGUGUUUUUCCAAUCAAAUUGAUAAAAGAGUGAAAAUAACUUAGUGGUGUGAUUAGCAAAGGGAAACCAAAACCUCUUAUUUAAUUUCACAUCAAAUCCCUUAAUAUUAUUCCAAAGACUUUCCAGUUUGUCACAGAAAUAGGAACACUAUUUUCAUACUUAUUCUUUUCAUACCAAACAUCUUUUUGACAAACAUUCUCUGUCCACUGUGAGAGAAAUGUUUGGUACAGAAAACUUUGAUCCCAAGCCAUACAGCCUUUAGAAGAACCUUCUUUAUUAUAUAUAUAUAGAAUAUACUGUCGUCUACAUACAACAUGAUUUUGCCUUUAAAUUGCUUGCGUCGUCAAAUUUUCGCACUACAGCUCAGCAUUGUUCUGUGUGUUGGACUGAAAACGUCAACACUGUUGACUCACCAGCAUUCACUUCUGCUUUAACUUUUAUUUCUGUAUUUGUUGCUUUACAAACUGAAACUGAUGUGCUUUAUUUUUUAAACCGCUUUAUGUUCUUUUUCUUUGCCUCAGAGAUUUCUGAGUCCCUUGCUUUUAUUAUCAAGUGCUUUAUCUGCAUCAUUUGCAUUGUAUCACUUCAUGUGCUUUACAGAAGUUUUAAGGCUUCACCGUGGGUUAAAACCAUCUCAUGUUUACUUUCUUAAACUGCACUCCAAAGAUGUUUGUCAAACUUUAAACUGUGGGAAUCAGAUUAGAGAAGAGAGAGAGGCUGCGUUUACAGCUACAAUUUACAGUCAGUUUAUGAGCUUUACUCUCAACGUCAGCGCUCUUUAAGUUAGAUGGUUCUCCUGGGAGGAGUAACGAGGAAGCAUUUAUAACAAUGACUAACACAUGUGGAUGAGUCUCUUUAUUUAAAGGUCAAACUGGUGUCUGUGCAUGUUUUAAGCUUUUGUUUGUGUCAGGUUUUCACUGGUAGGUUUUAGACUUGUGUAAAUCAGAUCAGGAUUUUAGGUCUAACAUUUCAGAUUCAUCAAAUCUACUUUUCAAAGUGUAGCUGAAGAUCAUAUGAAGCUUAGAGAAAUCACAAACUAAGUAGAUGUCUACCACAGUUUGAAAACAAAGGGGACUUUGUGUUCCUCCCCCCUCCCCGCCCCCCCUCCUUCUGCAGCUCAGUGAGCUGUCUGAUGUAACGUGAGAAGAGGAUUUUGUGCUAAAGACAGUAACUUUGAAAGACACUCUGCUGCCAAAUCCUCAGUCCUUGUGUUGCACACUGGGAUGCUUCUCAGUAUACAAAAGGGGGAUUGUAGCACUUUUCCUCCAUCAUGUACGCUUCAUCGUUUAAAAAAAAAGAUCAUUACAAGGUCUAGUUUAAACUGUAGGGACAAUUUGACAACCAAAAACUGUUGCAGUGCACGUCUGUAUUGUUUUAAGUGCUGACUUUCAGCAUCCUUAAAAAAUUAACAACAAAAUGAAUGGAAAUAAACAGUAGCUAAAGCAAAGCAGGAAAACACACAUUUAAGACACUACUGUACACUUAGAAUACUUUGUUUUCACAUGACUUGAACUACAUGGGUUGAAAUCUGCAACAAAAAAAAAACACUGAAAUGCUCCUUUAAUGUAAGAUUUGACCAGCCUUGUGCAAGGUGAAUGGUCACCAUGCAGAUAAACACAUGAUAGAUACUGUUAAAUUAUACAGGGGUUAACCGCACACACACAUUAUCAACAUCAUAACCCCACAGUGGUACAAUUCCCCUCCCUCGUUUUUUACAUCAUCAUCCCUUCAUUUGCCUGACCCUCCUCCUCCUCUCAUCCUCCAUCAUUUUACACCACAGCGAGCACUUUAACAGAGCUGUACUUUAUCUCAAACACCCACCUUAGACAGCAAUAAGUGGCUUUAAUGCAGUGUACACAUGGUGCAUGUUAUCAGGUGUCACUUCACAGGGAACAGGAAUGUAUUUAAUGACGGGCCUUUUUGACGGGGGAUGGGUUUGCCAUGACUUGAUGAAUAUUUAAUUAUCUGUCUCUCAUCAUCGUGGUCUCUCUUUGUUUUCAUGUGUUUGUUAAAUUUAUUUCAGUCAACUGUUUGCUAAUUUAAAUCCUGCAAUAAUUUGGAUUUUUUUUUUUAUGUUAUGUUGACAUAAAUGGGAAUAUUAGAUUUAAAAAAACCAUGUAUUAAAAAUGUAUCUUUAUGAUGAUGUAAAGCAGAAUCUGAGAGAUAACAAGUGUGCACUUUCCUCUUGAUUAAUCUUUAGCUUUCAGCAUUCCACUCCCGUAGUGACGACCAGUCAAAACUAACAACAGAGAUGAAACCACAUCAGAUAUUAUAUUCCAGAUUAAAGAUCUACUUUAUAGCAAA